AUGGUCGACUCAGAGCUCGACUCGGAGCUCCACCAGGAGUUUCGUGUCUGGAUCGAGAGCCAAAAGAUAAGGGGAAUCGGUGCUCCAGGGGCAGCUGCUGAUCCUUCUUACGUGCCCCAACAAAGAGUCGUCGAGUAUUUCAAAGCCAGCAAGACGAUCAGCCAACUUCUACAGCGCCUCAAGCCCGACGGAGGGUUGGAGGCGUAUCAAAGCACCAUCUCCAAAGAAUACCCAAAGGUUCUUUGCGUCUUGCUCAUCAUCGGCCAAGGUCGUCAGAUCGAAACCUUUGUUCGCUACACCAGCCUUUGCGAUACUCGACUGCCCUUCGACCACAAGCCCGCAAACUUCCCAUUUGCCUAUGAUGGAUCUGAUUUCUUUGGGCGGUUCAAGGAGGUUCAAUGGCAGUUCUGCGCCCAGCCUCUUACCUACAACAUGGACCUGGUCUAUGAAGACGCUCGAAUCCUACCCAUCAUGACAAAGGAUCCAAUUGGCAGAGGGGGGACAUCAAAUAUCUUCAAGAUCACUCUCCCACAGGCCUACGAUGAGCUUGAGCCGCACGGCAGCUCUGAGAAGAAGCACGCAGGAUUCCGUCAUGCCCACACCUACGUCGUCAAGACUUACUGCACAAGAGAUGCCAAAUCGUUAUAUUCCAACGAGAUACGCGCCUUCAGACGGGUUCUGGCUGCCGGUAGCAACCAGGGUUUCGUACCUGGCUUGAUUGGGUUCCAUGGUAAUUUCACACAUGGCGGCACGCACAAUGUGCUCCUGGAGUAUGCCGAUAAAGGAACUCUUGAGCAGUACUUCAACGAUGUCCCGCCGCCUACAACAGAAGAGGACAUUUUAUCCUUCUGGCGCGGUCUCUUCUACCCAAUCGUUGCCCUCCUCAAAAUCCAUAAUCUCAACGACCAGGAUUUGGAGAAUGCGGACUUCUUCCAAGGCUGGCACCAAGACAUCAAGCCCGACAACAUUCUCGUCAUCAGCAACGACAGGCCAUCUGCCUACAAGUACGAGUUCAAACUCGCUGACCUCGGGCUUAGCCACUUCAGAAAACCCCAGUCCGCAACUGGUGAGAUGACUGAUACGGACGCAUGGGGCACAAAAACAUACGGAGCUCCAGAAACUUACCGGAAUGACAGCCUGGUUGGCCCUACCAGCCUGCGUGUCACCAAGUCCGUCGACAUAUGGUCUCUCGGCUGUGUCUACAGCGAGGCAGCAACAUGGCUCGUUCUCGGUAAGGAAGGCUUGCAGAGGUAUCGCGCCGACCGCAAGGAAGAAACGGACAAAAUCCCGAAUCACAAGGACGACGCAAGCUUCCAUAAUGGCGAGAAAAUGCUCUCAUCCGUCGAGCGCACACACCAUCGCAUUGUGGAAAGCAAGCGCAGGACAGACCAUAUCACCCGCGCUGUGCUCAUUACCAUGGUCCAAGAGAUGCUCGGUGAAGAGAGUGCGCGCCCCACUGCGAAACAGCUGUGGGUGAAGUCACAGAUGAUUCUCAGGCAGGCCAAAGACGCAAGGCAAAGCUCCAUGUGGAGCUCGUCUAAUGGAAGUCCAUCGUCGUCCAGGACCCCCACGCUCAAAGACGCUCCCCAAGAACCGCAGGCUGGAACUCGUCAAAACUCACGGGCUCAGUCGGCCUAUGCGCCGAUCUCGAGAGGGAGCAUCCGGAUCGAAACGGGAAACUCCAUCACUGGCGAAAGGAGACGUAUUGAGCACAGCCCGGAAAGGAUUCAAGGAACACCGCAAGACGCCGGGUCGCCGCCACAAGCUCACUCACCAUCCGAUGCAAGGCAUUCCAACCAGUAUUCAAGCUCUACCGGACGACCAAGCACCUCUCAGCCCGAGAGGACGAGUUCCUACUGGUCUGUGGAUGCAGCAUACCUUUGGGAAAAGGCACAAAGAACACGAAGGCUAAAAGCAAAAAGCGACCCGGAGGGCGGGGAAAGAUUUAUGGAACUGAUCAGCAAACGUGAUCAUGUCUUCAUAGUCGAUGAUUCCAACUCUAUGCGAAGCGCGGAUUGGUCUCUUGUGACCUCACGAUUCUCCCUGCUUGCAUACAUCGUCAAAGUCGCCGAUCCCGAUGGCCUGGAUCUGUAUUUCUCCUCUUCGAGCAAGCGACUUCAUUCCAACAAGUCAUCCGAAUUGACCGAAGCUGUCAAGAAAAGGCACUCACUGGGCGUGGGCCACGAAAAUUUGAGAAUGGUACUCGAGACUGUGUUCAAAUUGUUUCGGGCGUCAUUCUUCGGAAGCGGCAGUAGCAAAAGCUUCUUCGGGAAGCGAGUGUCAAAGCAAGGCAAGCCGAUGACCUGCUACAUCCUGACCGACGGAGCCUGGUGCUCGGACAGCAACUGCGACCUCGAAAGAGUGAUCAGGGAGUUUGUGGAUGAGCUUCUCAGGAAGGAGACUCAGCCAAGGGACUUUGGCAUCCAAUUCAUCAGUUUCGGGAGUCACCAGGAGGGCCUCGACACUUUACAGCACCUCGACAGCGGAUUGCGCUUGCCAAGGGACAUCGUCGACACCGAGUCUGCGAGUGGAGAUGUCUGGAAGAUGCUUCUUGGGUCGAUCAACAAGAUUUUCGAUGGCGACGCGCAAGAGCAUCCUCUGUAA